AUGCCCAUCCACACCUUCGCGGACUUCAAGAAAAAGUCCACGUACAACAACAACAAGUAUAAGAAAAAGAAACCAAAUCCACCGUCGAAAGAGGUGAAAAAUGCGCCGUGCACGCGUUGUGGACGUUCCACGCACCUCGCGUCUUCGUGUACGAACAAAACACACAUCGACGGUUCAAAAAUCUUAAAAGAAGAGAAAUAUUGUCGAGAUUGUGGAACGGAUAUCUCGGAUGCGCCAAAGCAUCACAAGCAGUGUUACGGUUGUUUCAAAGGUAUAGAGAAGCCGGUGUGGGAAAAGUUGAGCAGAGGGGAAAAGAGAGUGAAAGGCGCGAGUUUAAUGACGAAGGAGGAGAUUCGAGAGAUGGAACGAAAAGACGACGAUGGAAUCGAGAAGGAGAAGGAAAAGAAGGAGAAGCCGAAGAGGACGAACAACGCGUUCGUGGACAUGUUCGAUUGGAGCAGACCGAGUAAGAGUUUGGAGAAGAGUUUGAAGAAGAAUGAGAACGAGGAGGGAGAAGAAAAGGACGAAGAGUCGCCGAUGUUUGCAGGGAGAGACGUCAAUCGAGAGAAGUUGACGAAAUCCUACGAGCAAACCGAACUCGCUUGGAACGAAGAGAGUAAGAAGAGAAAGUUGGAGGAAGAUAUGAAACCCAUUGCGAUAGACGACGACGUUGUUGACGACGAGAAAGAGAAGGAGAGGAAGAGGAAAGUUGAGAGGAGGAGAGUGAUGUUGGAACGCGCAAAGAAACGGUUGCUUGGGUUUCGAGAACCCGCUGACGAGAAGGACAAAAAAGAAGAAGGGAAUACGAGCGCAGAAGAGUGGAAUGCGAACGAGAAUCCGUUUUGGCAGCCGCCCAUGUACAUCCCUGCGGAAGGGCCGUGCGCGGAAGAUUUUCAAAUAUCUACGGACGAGUACGUAGAAGUUCGAGACAUGGGAUUGCAGUGGCUCGGAAAGUAUCGCGCGUGCUUAGAUACCGGGAACGGUGGGUGUACGUUGAUUCAAAAGCACAUCGCGCAAACGCUCGGUCUGUGCGAUGCGUUAGGACGUCCGACUGAGUCGAGAUGGGAGAAACAAGCCGUACACGGUGUCGUCGCGGGUGCGUCAGAAAUGAUUUACUGCUGCACGUUGACGUACCGAUUGAAAGGAAAAGAGAUUACUUGCAGAGCCGGUAUUACGCACGCGCGAAUUGGUUGCGAUUUGCUCAUCUCGAGGCGAGAAAUUCAAGAGUUUGAGCGGUCGGGAUACACGUUCCGGGCCUGA